CGGACCAGCUCUCUCCUACAUCUGGCGCCUAGAGACCCUUGGGAUCCCGAGCACACUCCCCUGGACCAGCACCCGACAGAAAGCACCCUGAGGGGCUUGCGUUGCUCUUGCGGUUGCUAGAGCCGCGGUCCUCUGUACCCCCCGACGGCUGGGGGGAGGGGGGAGGAGGCUGCGCGCCCCCCUCCCCGGCACCAACUCCCCCUGGCGGCUGCUCCCAUGGGUGUCGCUGGGCCGCGCCAUGCCUAAGGGGGCGCCGCGAUGGGCCAAGGGGACGAGAGCGAGCGCAUCGUGAUCAACGUGGGCGGCACGCGCCACCAGACGUACCGCUCGACGCUGCGCACGCUGCCCGGCACGCGGCUCGCCUGGCUGGCAGAGCCCGACGCCCACAGCCAUUUCGACUAUGACCCGCGUGCCGACGAGUUCUUUUUCGACCGCCACCCGGGCGUCUUCGCGCACAUUUUGAACUACUACCGCACGGGCAAGCUGCACUGCCCCGCAGACGUGUGCGGGCCGCUCUACGAAGAGGAGCUGGCCUUCUGGGGCAUCGACGAGACGGACGUGGAGCCCUGCUGCUGGAUGACCUACCGCCAGCACCGGGACGCUGAGGAGGCGCUCGACAGCUUUGGCGGUGCACCCCUGGACAACAGCGCUGACGACGCGGACGCCGACGGUCCUGGAGACUCGGGCGACGGCGAGGACGAGCUGGAGAUGACCAAGCGCCUGGCGCUCAGUGACUCCCCUGACGGCCGGCCUGGUGGCUUCUGGCGCCGCUGGCAGCCUCGCAUCUGGGCGCUCUUUGAGGACCCCUACUCAUCCCGCUACGCGAGGUAUGUGGCCUUCGCCUCCCUCUUCUUCAUCCUGGUCUCCAUCACCACCUUCUGCCUGGAGACCCAUGAGCGCUUCAACCCCAUCGUGAACAAGACGGAGAUCGAGAACGUCCGGAACGGCACGCAGGUGCGCUACUACCGGGAGGCGGAGACGGAGGCCUUCCUCACCUACAUCGAGGGCGUCUGCGUGGUCUGGUUCACCUUCGAGUUCCUCAUGCGUGUCGUCUUCUGCCCCAACAAGGUCGAGUUCAUCAAGAACUCGCUCAACAUCAUUGACUUUGUGGCCAUCCUCCCCUUCUACCUGGAGGUGGGCCUAAGUGGCCUGUCCUCGAAGGCGGCCAAGGACGUCCUGGGCUUCCUGCGCGUGGUCCGCUUCGUGCGCAUCCUGCGCAUCUUCAAGCUGACCCGCCAUUUCGUGGGCCUGCGUGUCCUUGGCCACACCCUCCGCGCCAGCACCAACGAGUUCUUACUGCUGAUCAUCUUCCUGGCCCUGGGCGUCCUGAUCUUCGCCACCAUGAUCUACUACGCCGAGAGGAUAGGGGCGCAGCCCAAUGACCCCAGUGCCAGUGAGCACACCCACUUUAAGAACAUCCCCAUUGGCUUCUGGUGGGCCGUGGUCACCAUGACAACACUGGGCUACGGAGACAUGUACCCGCAGACGUGGUCCGGGAUGCUGGUGGGAGCGCUGUGUGCGCUGGCCGGGGUGCUGACCAUCGCCAUGCCCGUGCCCGUCAUCGUGAACAAUUUUGGGAUGUAUUACUCCUUAGCCAUGGCUAAGCAGAAACUACCAAAGAAAAAAAAGAAGCAUAUUCCACGGCCACCGCAGCUGGGAUCUCCCAAUUAUUGUAAAUCUGUCGUAAACUCUCCACACCACAGUACUCAGAGUGACACAUGCCCGCUGGCCCAGGAAGAGAUUUUAGAAAUUAACAGAGCAGAUUCCAAACUGAAUGGGGAGGUGGCGAAGGCCGCGCUGGCGAACGAAGACUGCCCCCACAUAGACCAGGCCCUCACUCCCGAUGAGGGCCUGCCCUUUACGCGCUCGGGCACCCGCGAGAGAUACGGACCCUGCUUCCUCUUAUCAACCGGGGAGUACGCGUGCCCACCUGGUGGAGGAAUGAGAAAGGAUCUUUGCAAAGAAAGCCCUGUCAUUGCUAAGUAUAUGCCGACAGAGGCUGUGAGAGUGACUUGACCAGGCGGCUUGGCCGAGGACACUGGUGGCUAAUAAGCAUCUGGGUGGACCUGCAGCCCCUCCUCACCCUCGGACAGAGUAAAUUCACGCCACGCAGGUUUGCCGGACGAGUCCGAGUGGCCCAGGCAUUGUGCUAGGACGGACGUAGCUUUUUCU